GAUUGAAUGGACACUUUCUCUCGUUACAUUUGCAUUUGUUAUUAUGCAUGUCGAUUACAACAAAAAAACUAUAAUAUUUUGCAGUUAUUAUUACACUGACCUAACUAACUAGCCCUUCUGCUUAUUCAGGUAUAAUAUGAAAAUGCUCCAAAAUUGUCUAAAAUAAUGUUGAGUGAAGUCCAGUCAUCACUGUGACAGAAAUGAGUGGUAGUUAUUUAAAUUUAAAACGAUUUUGAGUAAACUGUUCAUAGGAUUGAGGUUAUUGGAUUGUUGUUACCUGAGACCCUACAGCAUGCAUCUUGCUUGGAGAUUUCUUGAUUAACACGAUGUUGAAUUUUCCGCUAGUUCACGCAGAUUAUGCGCCUUAUUUCUACGACAAUGCUCCCAACAGCACCAACGGAAACAUGGCUAUGUUGAGCAUUCCUGAAGACACACUUAUAGGAUCCCAUGUAUACACUUUAAACGGUACUGAUCUGGAAGGGAAUUCUGUUGCAUAUGACAUGACAUUUGAACCAGGAUCGAAAAACUAUUUUUCAGUGGAUCCACAAACCGGGAAAGUCACUUUGGUGGAAGAGCUGGAUAGAGAGAAAGAAGAUGAAAUUGAGGUGCUGGUUAGCAUUUCUGAUGGUAUUAAUAAGGUUGUCGAAACAGUUCGGAUACUUGUAACAGAUGCUAAUGAUGAGAGCCCGGAGUUUAUUAAGACACCUUACAUCAUUAAUGUACCUGAGAACACACCACCUGGGGCCAGUAUCUUCAAGGUGUAUGCUGUGGACAAAGACAAUGGAUCUGGAGGCAGUGUCACCUACUUUCUGCAGAACAUGCGCAAGAGCAAAUUCACCAUUGACCGAUACAGUGGAGUUAUUCAAAUAAAGCCCAGCGCAACUUUGGAUUUCGAGAAAUCCAGGGUUCAUUUUGUCACCGUGAUCACCAAGGAUGGUGGGGGGAAACACAGAGGAAGGCAUCAGAUCUGCUCAUCAACUGCCACAGUAACAAUUAACGUUGAAGAUGUGCAGGACACCCCUCCUGUAUUCACCGGCAUCCCGUAUUUUGGAUAUGUGUAUGAAGACACAGAGCUCGGUUCAGAAAUACUUAGUGUGGUGGCUCACGAUGGAGACAGGGGGAACCCGAACCCAAUCCGUUACUCGAUUGCACAUGGCAAUGAUGGAUCCUUUGAAAUAAAUAAUACAAGUGGGGUCAUCACUCUUCUGCAAAGUACAGAACAUCUUCAGAAGGAUGUUUACAAACUAUUAGUUCAGGCUUCAGAAGUCAGCCCAGAGGUGGACAUGCUGGCGUUUAUGACAGCCAUGGUGACCAUCCAAGUGGUGGAUCUCAACAAUCACCAGCCCACCUUCUAUGGUGAGCACGGACCCCAGUCGCAAUUCGAGAUCACAAUGCCUGAACACCCACCAGAGGGAGAGAUACUGCGUGGACUGAAAAUAACAGUGAAAGAUUAUGACCAGGGGCCAAACUCACAAUUCAUCCUCACGUUAGUGGGCGCAGGUGGAAGAUUCAGAGUUAUUCCCCAAACCGUCCUGAGUGAAGCCCAAGUCACGCUAAUAGUGGAGAACUCGACUGCCAUUGACUACGAGAAAUCCCAAAUGUUGACUUUUCAGCUCGUCGCUGCUGAGUCGGAUACCCCAGAACAGUUCAGUUCAACAGCCGACAUUAUCGUUCACAUCGUGGAUACAAACGACAACACUCCUGAAUUCACAUCAGCUUUCUACCUCGCACGGAUUCCUGAGAACUCACCCGGGGGCUCUCCUGUUAUCUGUGUCUCAGCAAACGACCCCGACUCAGAAAUGUGGGGAGAAGUCAAGUACUCUAUACAUGGAGCGGGAGCAGAUCUAUUUCUGAUUCACCCAAGCACAGGUGUUAUUUACACUCAGCCCUGGGCUGAGCUGGAUGCUGAAGAACAGUCCAAGUACAAUUUUCACAUCAAAGCAGAUGAUGUGGAAGGGAAGCACAGCUUGGCCGAGGUCUUUGUAACAGUUCUCGAUGUUAACGACCACUAUCCAGAAUUUACAGAGAACGUUUUGGACAAGGUUAUGAUUAUCGGAUCACCUGUAAAAGUUGAGGCCAAAGACGAGGAUGCCGAGGAACCGAACAACAUUGUGGACUACUCGAUAAUGCAAGGAGACCCAGCCAAUGUCUUCGACAUCGACCAAGCCACAGGGGAGAUCAUGUUGAAGUCCUACAUCAGGUCCCUGGAGGUCAUUCACAACAUCACCAAGACCAGGGGUGGCCACUGGUCACUAGUCGUGCAAGCUAAAGAUAGAGGCUCGCCUUCCUUCAGCACCACAGCGGUCGUUAGAAUCGACAUCACUGAGGAGACUGCUGGCAAUGGGCAUUUGGCUGACUUUUUGUUGCAAUCUAAAGAUAACCCAAUGCAAGUGGUGGGAGUGAUAGCUGGAAUCAUUGGCUUUUUUGUGGUUCUGACUGUCAUGAUUUCAUCGGUGAUGUUCUGGCGGAACAAGAAGUCCAAUAGAAUUGGCCCAGUGAGACGCAUCAUAAAGCGACGGUCAGGCUGGAAGCUGCAGGCACGACGAUCAAAGUGGUUCCAGAGCAAGAAGUCGACCCAAACACGAGGCAACUUCAUGACUUCAACGGACGACCCACACCUACAGACUGUCAGCGGCCUCAACAACCGCCCAGCACUUCAACUGGCUUUGCCAAGAGCACCUAUGCUUCCACCCCCCAUAUCUACGCACCCAACCAGACUCCAUAAGCCCAAACGAGACAUCCCAUCCGUGUCCGGGACCAUCAGUCCCAAAAGAAGCUUUGUCCCCCAGCAAUCAAAGGGCAAGACGGGCUCGAACAUCAACAACGCACUGGUGUCAGAACUCAAAAUGCGUCUGGAGAGAAAAAUGAAUGAAGAUGCUUCCAGGUUGUACUUGUAGGAAAUCUGAAUGCACAAUAAAUUCGAGUAUUGAUAUAAUUGAAAUGUUUUAUUGAUGCUUUCUAUUUGUGUUAAAAUAAAUCAUGCUUACCAGGUUACAGGAUUCAAAGGCACUGUGACUGCAUCAAUCUCAAUACAUGCAUAAAGGACAUGAUUUUCACUUGAAAAUCGGUCUUGGAGACCAACAUUUGUAGAUUCUAGAUGAAAUAGAUAUAGUGAUGAGCGUCAGAGAUGGAGAGGGAAGAGGACCAGGGAGUCCAGAGUGGUCGGAGAACACAAUAGUUUCAGUAGUGGAUAGAUGUUACUCCAAGCACAACAUGGCCACAAUGACAUGUAUAAACCUUCUCUCCAGCUCCCAAAACAUUGAUGCUUAUUUCCUGUCUUCCUCGUGAUUGCAGGCAAUAAUGUCAAAGCUUAUGUGUGACAUAACACAAUCAAAGGCAAGAAGCAAUUUGAGCAAACAAAGCCACAAAGGUGCUGGAGUAACUCAGCAGGUCAGGCAGCAUCUCUGGAGAAAAAGAAUAGAUGAUGUUUUGGGUCGGGACCCGUCUUCAAACUGAUUUGAGCAACUUAUUUUUAUAUUUGUGAUUGUUGACUCUGGGAUUUUGUUGGUUUUUAUUUUGGACUUCAAUUUGGAAAUAAUACACAAUGUUUAAUUGGGUUUCAAUAUUUUUUUAAAUGGGAUUACCUUUUCCCAUCAAUUUCAGGAUGUGUCAUUGUCCUUUACAGCCAAGUGAACAAUAUUCUUGUCAUUGUUGCAACAUUGGAAACUAUGGUGAUGUAUCAGAUUAGUAAGAUUAAUUAGCAAGACAUUGCAUUUUUUAAAAAUAUCUACAUUGUGCAAACAAAAAAAAAGUACAUUUGUUACGAUUUGCAAUUUGAGAAAAUGGAAUAUUGAUUAGAUCAUGUUUUGUUAUAAUAUGUUACUUGUGAGACUUGAAUCUCCACAAGGUCCUUUUGUGUUCUUUUGUUCGAAAUGAUUAAAGCUCUUGCCAGUAGGACAUUGAUCACAUAUUUUGUGUUAUGACAUGUUGGCAGAGAAGUACUUUGUGUGCUUAUAUGAAAUUACUUCUGUUUUAUAGCAGCAUUUUAAAGGAUUAUUGUGACUAUUAAAAUAGCGAAGGAAGACUUUUGUAUAAACUUAUUAGAUUCUCCCUAAGUUACUGUGGACAUUUUUCACUGCCAUGUAGAUAAAUGAGCAUGGUCUUCCCAAUGAAACGCUCAAUUGAAUCUGCUUGCUAUAGGUUGAAUGUGUAGGAAACAACUGUAGAUGCUGGUUUACAGUAAAUAUGCACACAAAAUGCUGGAGUAACUCAGCAGGUCAGGCUACAUGUCUGGAGGAAAGGAAUAGGUGAUGUUUUGGGUCAGGACUCUUCCAAAACGUCACCUAUUACUUUUCCCCAGAGAUGCUGCAUGACCCGCUGAGUUAGUCCAGCAUUUUGUGUUUAUCUCUGUGAAAGGAGGAAUAUAUUUAAGGAUUUCCCCAGGCUUAACUAAAACACUGUCCAAAUGAAGGUUGGUGGAAGGAUACAGCAAACUAUCUUUGAACCUUUAUCCUGGGGACAGUGUUACGAGGAUGAAAGAGGAAAGGAGAGGAGGGAAUGUCUGAAGAGUUGGCAUGUGCUCUUUCAUCAGCAUCUAGCAUUGUAGGCAGGUGGUGAAAGAACAGAAAGCGAGCCAUCCUGAAAGGAUUAAUGUAUUUCACAUCUUUUGAUGGUGGAUUUGCACUUCAUCAUUUUUCAAUGCACCUCAGGAAUACUUCACGGGAAUAUGUAGAACCCAUUAAACCUCCAUCUUCCCUCCAGCCCCAGAAAGCUAAAACAAAUACAGUUUAGUAAAUAGCCCUGGUUUAUCCAGUUAUUAGUAUAGAUCUUCUAAAAGUACAAUUUACAAUAUUUUCUUAGUGUU